CUGGCCAUUUCUGCCGAAAAUAGGGAACUUGUGUUGAUCGAUAGAAUUUCGGUGUUUUAAACAUAAUUUACGUAUUUUUUGUAAAGGAAUUUUGAUAACAUUACAUAAUUAAUAUAGCUUGAUAUUUAUUACAUGGCUAUAAGUCAGAAGUGAAUUAACUAUUACUAUAUUAGUCAGUGAAAUCCCGUUACACAUCUUUUAUUUCUGCCACGUUUUGUAGAAAUAGUUCUUAAGUUUUGAUGUAGAAAUGUUUAUUUUAGCUUAAUUACGCUAAUUGAUAUCAGAAACCGCGAUGUCGAGCAUGUCAGAUCGUAAGGCGGAGCUGGAGCGCAAGAAGGCGAAGCUCCAGGCUCUCCGUGAAGAAAAGGAUCGUCGCCGCAGGGAAAAAGAACAGAAAGAUGCUGAAGAAGCUUUGCAACGGGCCUCAGCCACUUCUAGCCUGGACAGUCGGCGUGACCUGGAUGAGAUGCUGUCUUCUCUCGGAGUGGCUCCUGUGAAAGAUGUGCUCUCCUCAUUGUCUUCAAUGACAUCACUGACACCACCACAGACUGCAUCACCAGAUGCCAGCCUACCUCAUACUGAUAAGUCCAGUUUGCCUGCCCAUGGUGGGCCGAAGAAAGCUCCUGCCUUGCAAGUGGUGUCAGUGCAGUCCACAGACAUUCCACCGAAGGAGAAUGUGACUUAUGCCAAGCAGACACAAACCACUGCAUCAGGUGUCAGCGAGCUGCGGGAUGCACACGCAACCGACUACUACGAUGAGUACAAUCUAAACCCGGGUUUAGAGUGGGAGGACGAAUUCACAGUGCUUACAUUCGACGGCGACGGCGCUCGGCAAGGCGAUGAGGAGGAAGCGGCGUUCCAUGGCAAGCUCCCGCCCGGCAUACUGCCGCACGGCCUGCCCACCGUCAAGGAGGUCCAGCCUGCAGUCACUGUCGAACCACAGGAGAAAAAGGACGAGGAGAAAGAGAAGAAAGUUCGUGAGCUGAGCGCGGAUGAGAAGCAGACGAUCAUGCUGUCGGCGGAGUUCCAGCGGUUCAUGUCGAAGGCGGGUCGAGUCAUCGAGCGCGCCCUGGCGGAGUCUGUCGACAUCUACACCGACUACACUGGAGGCGGGGACAGCGAAAAUGCACUUGACGACAAGUCAGUGGCGCGGCUGUCGCUGGUCCGUACGUUCUGGGACGAGCGCUGGUCGCGCGGGCGCUGCGUGACGUGCGCGGACUGGUCGGCCGUGCACCCCGAGCUGUUGCUGGCCUCGUACCACAACUCGGACGACGCGCCGCACGACCCCGACGGCGUCUGUCUCGUCUGGAACACCAAGUUCAAGAAGUCCACGCCCGAAGACAUCUUCCAUUGCCAGUCGCCUGUCAUGAGUGCUACUUUUGCCAGAUUCCACCCUAAUCUAAUCCUGGGCGGCACGUACUCGGGCCAGAUAGUGCUGUGGGACAACCGUGUACAGAAACGUACGCCCAUACAACGCACGCCACUGUCUUCACUCGCACACACUCACCCCGUAUAUUGUCUAUCAGUGGUGGGCAGUCAGAACGCUCACAACCUGAUCUCAGUGUCGACGGACGGUCGCAUGUGCUCGUGGUCGCUGGACAUGUUGUCCCAGCCCCAGGAGACGCUGGACCUCCAGCACCGACAGAGCAAGGCCGUCGCCGUCACGUCCAUGGGCUUCCCCCAUGGAGACGUCAACAACUUCGUGCUGGGCAGCGAGGAUGGAAACAUUUAUACUGGAUGCCUAUACGGGCAGCGUGCAGGAGUGACAGAGAUGGUGGAGGGUCACGCGGGCCCCAUCACGGGCGUGUCGUGCCACGCGGCGGCCGGCUCCGUCGACCUCUCGCAUCUCUACCUCACAUGCUCCAUGGACUGGAGCGUCAAACUAUGGACGCAGAAGGAGAACAAGGCGCUGUACUCGUUCGAGGACAGCGGCGACUACGUGGUGGACGUGCGCUGGUCGCCCACUCACCCCGCACUUUUCGCCGCAGCCGAUGCCUCAGGCCGCAUCGACCUCUGGAACCUUAAUAGAGACACAGAGGUACCAGUAGCAUCGAUCCAGGCGGAAGGUGGAGUAGCAUUCAACCGCGUGUCUUGGACACCGUCCGGCACUCACAUCACCGCGGGAGAUGACGCCGGCAAGAUAUGGGUCUAUGAAGUGGCUGAGCAUGUCGCCCAACCCCGUCACGAUGAAUGGACGAAGUUCGUGUACACGCUACAAGAGUUACGUAACAACCAAGCGGACGAGGAGACGGACCGGCUGAGCCUGGCAGCCAGCGGCCCAUCCUCGCUCACCAGCCUCACAAGCCUGGCCAGCAACCCACUUAGGUAACUGCUGACCAACCAACGAAGGCCGCAGUGGCCCUUGUGAGUCUAUGCUUUGGAUAUGCUAGUGUGAUGUUGAUGAGGAAAGACUGUAUUUGAUGUGAAGUGAGGUGCGUAUGUGUAUAAUAUAAUAUUACUUGAUAUAUCUACAUAAAAUACGCGAGGAGAAUGAUGUAUCCAUUGCUACCAGUCUAGGACUAAAAAAUAUUGUCUUGAAAUUGGUAGUAACUUGGAGGCUUGUAUGUGUCUUAAUGGUGUAGGAAAUAUGGCUGAAUUUUGUAUGGCAUAUAUAUUAACCAUGUAAGGAGUUAAACUAUGAUUUAACAGGAUGGAUAGGUAUUCAAUAUUACAUUAUCAUAUUCAAAGUUUGUUCAGAACUGAGAUAUUAAUGUUUAGUUGCAAUAUACAAAUGUUGCAAUAAUUUUAAUAUAUUAUGCAUAUAUAACAAUGUUAUAUAGAUGUUAUUAGCAUUGUUGAUCCUUAGAACUUUGCUUCAUUUGUUAAGAUUAUGAAGAGAAAAAUGGAAUGGAUACAAAGGAUAUUUUUUCAAUAACUCGCUAAUUUACAGUAACACGCAUAUAGCAUAAAGGUAGAGCAUUCCUUGCACAACUUAAGUUGCUUUGCCUAUAAGAGCGAAAAACUAAUAUGCAGUCAUCAAUACGGAAUAUUGAAUGUUGUAACUAAACAUAAUAUUUUAAUAAAAACAUCUCUCUUUUAGAUAGAAAGGACUAUAAUAUAUAAUUUUAAUGUUGAAUGAUAUGUAUAUUAGAGUUUAUAAGCAGCUGAUGAUAAUCCUUAUUUAUUCAGUGUUGUUACUGUGACACAAAAUAAUGUGAAAUUAGAGAUUAUUACUUUAAUUCCAUAUAGUUAAGUAACUUACUACAACUCCAAAAACUGUUAUGUACUUAGUGUUCUACUGAAUGUAUUUUUAUUUUGUGUUAUAGUAAAUAAAAAAUCCCCAGUUCUCUUUUUAAAGACAAAUGUAACAGUUAAAAUCUAAGUUAGUUUAAGUUUUGUGUUUUCCAAAACUUAGUUGUCUUCAUAAUUGUAUUCAUAUCGCUAAUAUUUAUUAAGUACAGGUAACUAUUUAUAGUAUUACUCAAACUAAACAGAUAAUGCUUUAUUGUAAAAGUUAAAUCAAAUAAAAUAUUGCUUAUAGAAAUUGUUUGUGAAGUUUCAUUUCUUGCCUACUUGACAAGUAAAAUAUUAUAAUUCAAGAAACCUACACAACUCUCCCUUUGG